AUGACUCGCCGCAUGAAGGGAUUGAGCCGGUUAAUGUAUUUUAGACAGGGACUGCCGCAGUACUGGAGCGAGGGUGUUUCGUUGGGUUGGGUGUUCGCGACUCACCAUUUUCCCGGGUUUCCAGAGGACGACACCCUUUCUUCUGUCAAUCCAAUAUGGAAGUCCCGAGGUCGUUUCCUUUUAGCUUUACUUUUGGCUCUCCCGUUGAUCCGGCCACUGGCGUACCAAGCUUCUGGAAUUUGUCAAGGCGAAAGCACGAAGAAAGAGGCCGAUAGCCCUACGGACACUAAUUCUUCGCGCGCUCUAGAUUACGACUAG